AUGACAGGGGCCUCUCCCUCCACCCGCGCCAUCCUUUCUUUCCCACCGCGCCGUCCUCUCUCCCUCCCACACGCCGUCGCCUCUCACCCGCCGUCGCCCCUCCUUCCUACCCGCCGUCGCCGCUCCCUACCUCCCGCCGUCGCCGCUCCCUCCCUCCCGUCGUCGCCGCUCCCUCCUCCUGCCGUCGCCGCUCCCUCCCACCCCGCCGUCGCCGCUCCCUCCCAUUCCGCCGUCGCCGCUCCCUCCCAUUCCGCCGUCGCCGCUCCCUCCCAUUCCGCCGUCGCCUCUCCCUCCCAUUCCGCCGUCGCCUCUCCCUCCCACCCCGCCGUCGCCGCUCCCUCCCAUUCCGCCGUCGCCGCUCCCUCCCAUUCCGCCGUCGCCGCUCCCUCCCAUUCCGCCGUCGCCGCUCCCUCCCAUUCCGCCGUCGCCUCUCCCUCCCAUUCCGCCGUCGCCUCUCCCUCCCAUUCCGCCGUCGCCUCUCCCUCCCAUUCCGCCGUCGCCGCUCCCUCCCAUUCCGCCGUCGCCGCUCCCUCCCAUUCCGCCGUCGCCUCUCCCUCCCAUUCCGCCGUCGCCUCUCCCUCCCACCCCGCCGUCGCCGCUCCCUCCCAUUCCGCCGUCGCCGCUCCCUCCCAUUCCGCCGUCGCCGCUCCCUCCCAUUCCGCCGUCGCCGCUCCCUCCCAUUCCGCCGUCGCCUCUCCCUCCCAUUCCGCCGUCGCCUCUCCCUCCCAUUCCGCCGUCGCCUCUCCCUCCCAUUCCGCCGUCGCCUCUCCCUCCCAUUCCGCCGUCGCCUCUCCCUCCCAUUCCGCCGUCGCCUCUCCCUCCCAUUCCGCCGUCGCCUCUCCCUCACUUCGCCGUCGCCUCUGGCGACAGGGUGCUGAUGCCGUGGGCACAGGCGCCCUGUGCCCUUGCGCCAUUAGCGCGGACCCCAUGGGCGCUGGCGCCUAA